AUUUAAAGUGGCAGGCGCCCGGAGGAGGAGGUGUCCUCGCUGGAGUGCUAAGCUAACAAGCUAGCAAGCUAGCAAGCUAACACGCGGCCUGGGAACCGUCUGGGAAUCUCCUUCGUCAGCCCUCUCCUGACCACUGAAGCCCGCUGAGUCGAGCUCCCGCGGUCUGGUGCAGACGCCGCUCGCCUUCCCUGGUCCUCGGCUCGGAUGGGAACUAGUUUUGAAGAGGUUACCAGCCAGCGGUCCGGUUAAAAAAAAAUGGAGGAUGAUGAGGUUGCGGAUAGCUGGGAAGAGGCAGCGGAUAGCGGGGAAAUAGAGAGAAGGUUUGAAGCUAAGCUGAAAAUAAACCAGGAAGCAAAGAAGUCCAGCUUGGGCUCAGGUGUUUCACUUGUGCGAACCGCGAUGGUAAUUCAAGAUGACUCUCAGCCGGCAGCACCCCCACCGCAAAUCCGGAUUUUAAAGCGUCCCACAAAUAACGGUAACGCUGCCGCGUCCUCAUCCCGUCCCUCUCAGCAGAUGAAGUCUUUGGCCCAGAGGGAGGCAGAAUAUGCAGAAGCCAGGAAAAGGAUUUUGGGUAGUGCUUCUUCAGAAGAAACGUCUCAGGACACUCCAUGCCACGACAGGCCAGCUCGUAUGAGUGCGCAGCAACCAUCACAACCAGUUCAUCCACACAAUCACGUGAUCCGCCAGCCCACUGGCCCAGAUGGCACCUCAGGCUUUCGACUCUGCAGAUAAACUGAAGCUACCUGCUGCAAGGAAACGUCUGUUUCCCUGAGAGGCUAUGAAGGGGAAGAGUUUAAAGGGAUUGCGUGUGGUAUGAAGAGCAGAGAGGUGGAACAACAUAAAAUUUGACAGAUGUUAGAAUUCUGAAGACGUAGCAUGGAUUGUGACGAACUUCUCCACCCUCUCUCUACUCUGCUUCCGGGCAUGGUCUUUGCCUUUCACCUUGUCUUUUCCCUCUGUGGAACAAUGCAAGGGGCUGGCAUAUAUCAGCCAAAGAUCUGAAACCUCUGUUCCACACUGAACAAGUUUUUUGCCUCACAUCCCUACACACUGUGAUACUUUGAUGUACCAUGAGGUGCCCUAUGAUUUUAGGGCCGGUCGGCCGGCAGAGUGCCAAGGCUUAAGGCGUCUGUCUCUUCAGGGAUAAUAAAGAGAGCUAGUGAAUCUAUGGGAAUUCCCUGGAGACAUGAAAACGAGCGAGCUGGCCGUGUCACAGGUGGAUUGUGGAUCAUGGCUGGGUGUCCAAUGGGAAGCUGGCUUGAGCUUUGUUGGGUUCAGUGAAAAAGUGCAGAGAGUUUACUGCGUGAUCAGCCCCUUGAGCACGACUUGACAGAAAUUCUUAACGAUUCUGCUUCUUGCGUAAAAGGGCUCUGCGCUCAAAAGUGUGUUUUCAAUACUGUAGCGGCCCAGACCAGCACUUUCCACAAUCCACAGGCCUGUCUUUGGCACUGGUAGCUAUUAAAGAAAUGCCUAAUGGACUCAUAGCCUGUGGCCAACGGUUAUAGAUGGGAAGGACAGAGUGUCACUAAAUCUAAGCUUAUUCAAGCAAUAAUAAUACUGAAAUUAUUCCCUGGAUUAUUACUUUUUGUUUGUUUUUACAUAUUGACGAAUUACCUGUGCUGUGUUUUUUUUUUUUAAUCAGUUUACAUGGUUUUAUUAGUUAGUUUUUUUCCCCUUUCUGAAUAAUCAUAUGUUUAAUUCAGGAGAUCAAUAGUGUGUACCAUAUAGAUAAUGUAGCUUGUAGGAAACUUCACUGGUGGUAUCAUGAUUAAAGUCGUCAAAUUGGAAAAAGUCAGGCCUAUCCCUGUAUUGAAAAUCUUAAGUGGUCCUGCAUCAAUGUCUCUGUUUGUGUUGCCUCACUGAUUCAAAUUGGCAAAGUCUUUUUUGGACUUUUUCUACAGACUCAAAGUUAACUCUUAAAACCAACUGCAAUUCAUCUGUUAAGCAAAGAAGAAUUAAGGCUGAUUUCUCUGAGGUGGCAGUUUUUUUGACAAAUUGUGUGCUUGGCUGGUAGUUGUUGAGAAAUAACACUUAAAUAAUCAACAAGGAGGAAGAUGACAAAUUCCAGUAAUCUUUCUUCGAUGAGGGUCAAAGAAAUGUGAUUUAAAUUAUGAAAAUUAUACAAACAUACAUCUUUUAAUCUGUCUCUUCCAGAAUGAAUCCAGAUUCAACUGCCUGGUUUUACUGAAUAUUUUUCUGUGACUUGUGCUUUUUGUACACACCAGGGUUUUACAACAUUGUCUGCAUGUCUGCAACAUUUCGAAAAGAAAAGUUGGCAAACCAUGAAUUUAAUAAUGCAAUCAAAUACCGAAAAGUCACCAGUUAUUAAGAUGUACACUGUAGAUGAACCUGCAGUUCAUUUUACAACCUUUUAAUACUUUGCCUUAAAUAACAGUUACCCUGGAUAUACUUUCAAUUGUUGGUGCUAAUUAAUUUUUCUUUUUGUGCAUACAUAAGUUCAUUAUUCUUUGAAAAAAUCCAAUGUAUUUGAGGCACAGUUUAAAGCUGCACCAAACUAUAGUUAUAGACGGAUACAAAACCACUCUCACUGGCUGUGCAGUAAAGCUUCUCUAAGUGAAAGACUCCAUGCAACAUUUUCACCAUCAUUUGUCCAAAUAAUGCCUGGUGAAUUGAUUGUUGAACAUCUUGCUUUUGUGAGCAAAUGUACUGUAGAUCAAAUAAGAAAGUAAAAGCAGAGCUGAAUUUGAUGCUGUUUGAAAAACCACGUGCAGUUGUCUGUUGCAGUUCUACAAUCUCAGUAUUUUUGUUAUACGUUAUAACAUCCCUUGUCAAGAUGAAUGGAAGGCAAGAUUGUAACAUCACUGAUGUCUAUGGAUGCCCAUAAUAACUUCUCCCAGAGAUCAGGUUCAAUUGCUGAAAAACUUGAAUUUGUAAUAAUUUCAAAUUGAGAAUUUAGAAGAAUUGUCAUUCUGUACCUGUGAUAUUUCCCCAUGAUGCUUUGCUUCAGCCAUUCGGCCACCUGUUGGGUUUGUGGCUGAUUUGUUUUCAUUAGAAUUCUCAAAUUUUAAAAACACAAAUGAAAUUUGAAUACCCUUUAAUACACAUACUUCAAAAAGAGAA